CUCCCCGCGGCGAUGGCGGACGCUCCCGCGCCUCCGCCGCCCGCGGACGCGUCGUCGCCCGCCGCGAUAACUUCGCUCCCCACGGACAUUCGAAGCCUCGCGUUCUACGCGUGGUGCGCGUCGUUCGCGCAUCUUCUCGUCGUGUUCUCGAUGGCGGACUCGAUCUCGCUCGCGACGACGACGCUCGUGGUCACCGCCCUGGGGGCGACGCUGCCGGGGAUAUGGAGCUCCAGCGUCUUGUUGUUCGCGCCCGGGGACGUCUCCGCGGCGUACGCGUCGCUGUUCAGGGUUUAGGGUUUAGGCCUCGCCGCCGCCGCCGCCGCGUCCGCGUCCGCGUCCGCAUCCGCACUCGGACGACAGCGACGUGGACGACGACGCGAGCGCGCGGAGUUGGCAGGACGCCAUCACGGGGAUACAGGGCAUGGCGCAGGCGCUCGCCGACGCCAACGCGUCCGCGUCCCUCGUCGCGCUAAACGCCGACCUCACCGUCGCGCUCGCGGCGCUCAUGCGAAACACCAUCAAACUCCUUCACCCGACGGGCUCGGGGGCCAACUCCGCGGCGUCGUCGGAGGACGCGCGCGUGAUGCGCAUCGUGGACCCGCACGUGAUCGUGAACGACACGUCCGCGCUCGCGGAGCCGCUGUUCGACGACGGCUGCCCUCUGGUGUUGUACAAUCGGCUGGAGCCCGGAGAUUCGUGUUUCGCGCCCAGGGACACGUUCGAGUGCGCGCUGUACGCGCUCGUGUACCGCGCGGGGACGCGCGUGUGCCGCGGCGAGUGCCUGAUGCUCGCGGAGAAGGUGAAGGCGAAGAAGAAGAGGAGGGAGAGGGAGGAGGAGACCGACGCGGCGGCCGAACCUGAGGCGCGUUCUAUCUCACACAGGUCCCCGUACGACCGCGUUGGCGUGAACGACCCUGAUGACGGUCGCGACGCGUCCGUCGCGGAGGAGGAGGGAGACGAGGAGACGCUGCGGGUGAAGGUGCGGUUCGAGACGGCGACGACGGUGGGCCACCUCGGGGACGUCAACGCGACGGAGCUUCGGUUCUGGAGGCGGCGGCUGCGACGCGUCGGCGGGUCGCUGACGUUCCACGCGGAGCCGGUGAUUCGAGCGGAGGAGCCGUCCUCGACGACGCAUCUUGAGACGAUCACGAUCGAGGUCCCGACGGCGGGGUCGGACACGUUUUUACGCGCCAAGAGCGGGAAGAGCGCGUCGCGAGGGGACCGCAACUUGGAGCACCUGAGGAAGUUGGCGGCGGCGGCGGGCGGCGGGAGCGGACGCGGCGGGACGGCGGCGGAUGCCGAGGGCGACGAGCGUUCGCGCGGCGGCGGCGGCGGCGGCGCGGCGGCGGCGGCGCCCGCGCCCGCGCCCGCGCCCGCGUCCGCGCCGGCGUCGACGUCGACCGCGUCGUCCACGCCGACGCCGCAGCCGCUGACGUUCAAGGUGCUGUACAUCGAGGACGAGCGCGUGCAGGCGUAUUUCUUCAUCAACAAGUGCCGCCGCGUCUUCGGCGAGAGGUGCGUCGUCGUCCACGAGACGGACGGCGUCCCCGCGCUCGAGCGGCUGCAGACGGGGGAGCAGUUCGUCGCCGUCGUGAGCGACAUCUUCAUGGCGGGGAUGGACGGCGUGUCGUUCUUCCACGCGCUGUUCUCUAACCGUCUGAACGUGGGGUCGUUAGUGCGCGGCGGCGGUGGCGGCGGCGGCGGCGGGAGGGAGUUGCGCCUGAAUUUGAUCCUCACCGGCGCGGAGAUCGAGCCCGACCGGGAAGAGGACGAGGAACUCAACGGCGAGCUCGCGGCGCUGAGCGAGCGGUUCGGCGUGCUCGUGUAUAACAAGACCUCGGGCGUGGACGUCGUGAACGACGUCAUCGCGCCGCACGUCAAGUUCGUCGAGACGCGGCUGGCGAUGGACGCGGCGGCCGGCGGCGGCGGCGGCGGCGGCGGCGGCGGAAGCGGGGGAAGCGGCGGCGCGCGUCGGCGUCGCUCCGGCGGGCGCGACGGCGACGGCGACGACGACGACGACGAGUACGACGCGAGCGACGAAGCGAGGCGCGACGACGCCGGGUACGGCGGCGGCGACACCCCGUCCGUGUCGUUCGGGUCGCGUCAGACCACGCGCGAGAGAGCCGCCGCCGCCGCGGGGGCCAGGGGCGGCGGCGGCGGAGACGGACGCGCGGACUCGUGGGAGGGUAAGGCGACGUCGUACGCCCUCGUCGCGCGAUCGGAGAGCAGCAUGGGCGGGCGCGGACGGCCGUUCCCGGACACGUCGAGCUUGCGCGCGGGGGGGGGAGCGUGGACGACGACGACGACGACGCGGCGGAAUGAUGAGUCGAUGCGUUAG